AUGGCAGCAGCCAUUGAUUCAAUCAGUUGUUCAAUAUGUCUGGAUCUACUGAAGGAUCCGGUGACUAUUCCCUGUGGACACAGCUACUGUAUGGGCUGUAUUAAGGACUGCUGGGAUCAGGAUGAUCUGAAGGGUGUCUAUAGCUGCCCUCAGUGCAGACAGACCUUCACCCCAAGGCCUGUUCUGAAGAAAAGCACCAUGCUAGCAGAAUUGGUGGAGAAUCUGAAGAAGACAGGACUCCAAGCUGCUACCCCUGCUCACCAUUAUGCUGGACCUGAAGAUGUAGCGUGUGAUGUCUGCACUGGGAGAAAACUCAAAGCGGUCAAGUCCUGUCUGGUGUGUCUGGCAUCUUACUGUGAGACUCACCUCCAGCCUCACUAUGAAUCUCCUGCCUUUAAGAAGCACACGCUGGUCAAAGCCUCCACACAACUAGAGGAGAAGAUCUGCUCUCAUCAUGACAAACUGGUGGAGAUUUACUGCCGUACCGAUCAGCAGUUUAUCUGUUAUCUGUGUACAAUGGAUGAACAUAAAGGCCAUGAUACAGCCUCAGCUGAAUCAGAAAGGACUGAGAGACAGAGUCAACUGGGAGAGAAACAGAAGGAAACCAAACAGAGAAUCCAGAAGAGACAGAAAGAGAUGCAGGAUGUGAGACAGGCUGUGAAGUCACUCAGGCGCUCUGCACAAGAAGCAGUGGGGGACAGUGAGAGAAUCUUUACCGAGGUGAUCCACUCCAUUGAGAGAAGGCGCUCUGAGGUGAAAGAGCUGAUCAGAGCCCAGGAGAAGGCUGAAGUGAGUCAAGCAAAAGGACUGCUGAAGCAACUGGACCAGGAGAUAGCUGAGCUGAGGAGGAGAGAGGCCGAGUUGGAGCAGCUCUCACACACAGAAGACAACAUUCAAUUCCUCCAGAGUUUCCAGUCUCUCUGUGUCCCUCCUCGAUCUGAACACUUACUCAGCAUCACUGUCAACCAACACGUCUUCUUUGAGGAUGUAAGGAAAUCAGUCGCUGAGUUAAAAAGCCAAUUAGGAAAAAUCUGCUCUGGGGAAAUUGCCAAGAUCUCUGUAAAAGUGACAAAAGUCCACAUUGUUCCACCUUCUGAGCCCCGUUGUCUUCCGUCAUUUGGCACAACUCAGUCUACACUGUCAGUUGGAGGACUAGCAUCACAUGGGAAUGAUACCACCUGUCAGAAGACAAGGCCUGAACCCAAGACCAGAGAAGAGUUCUUAGAAUAUUCCUGUCAGCUCACAUUGGAUCCCAACACGGCAUUUAACUGUCUGUGUCUGUCUGAGGGGAACAGAAAGGUGACACGGCGUUAUAAGGACCAGCUUUAUCCUGCCCAUUCAGACAGAUUUACCACCUACCCCCAGGUGUUGUGUGGAGAGGGUCUGUCUGGAGCCUGCUACUGGGAGGUGGAGUGGAGCGGGGACUGGGUUGAUAUAGCUGUCUCAUAUAAAGGGAUCAGCAGGAGAGGACCUGAUGAGGGUUUGUUUAGAAGCAGUAAACAGGCCUGGUGUUUGGAGUGUGAUGCUUCUGGUUGCUCUUUCUAUCACAAUGAUAAACAGAUUGUCAUACCUGUCUCCUGUUCCACCAGAGUAGGAGUGUAUCUGGACCACAGUGCAGGAACUCUGUCUUUCUACAGCAUCUCUGACACAAUGACCCUCCUCUGCAGAGUCCAAACCACUUUCACUCAGCCCCUCUAUCCUGGGUUCACUGUCUCUAGAACAGUGAAUAUACUGAAACCAGACAAGAUUAUUAUAGCAAACUAA